UUCCCCGAAAAAGCAGAGGGAAUGCUGGACACCUCCAGCAGAAUGUGGCACGCGUUGGGUGCGGCACUGUUGUGGCGGUCAAUGCCGGUGGCUUAUAAUGAAAUUCUUGAAGACUUUUCCCACUACGGUUUUGAUUUGCGCGGAAGCUUAUCCAUGUUUGAUCGUAGCGAACGUGGUGUUCGCAUAGUAAUAGUGUUUGGCUCCUUCCUUUUCUUUCGUGCGCUGCAGUACGUCGUACGAUGGUACCUCUUUGGCAAAUGCACCUUCCGGGCUUUCUCAUACUUUGGAAUUAGUGGCAGAAAUCGAAAUCAUGACAGUAGUAGAGAUUUAACGGUGAUAAGUGGAUUGUGGGCCGCAUAUGCCUUGCUGUUCUACCAACGUCUAUUCGACGAUCUCGUGAAUUACCGAUGUCAGGUCGCGGUAGACUUGAUAUACGUUUCAUUCGGUUACCUAUUGCACGAUUUUUUUGAUCUCAUCUUGAAUGAGCAGUCUGCUCGAAUAAUCGAAUUACUAUUUCAUCAUGUUGUCGUCAUUACGGGAUUCGUCGUUACUUUGGUUACCGAAAAAUAUCUCGGAAUAGUAAUAUUUGGGCUUUUGAUGGAACUCAAUUCUAUCUUUCUGCACACUAGGAGCCUUAUGAAUUUGUGGGUUAUUCAGCUUGUUCGUAGAAAAAACUAA